AUGCUCAAGUCUCCUAUUGAUCUUAAUUGCACAAGCAACAGCCAAUUAUCACAAUAUUAUGAUGGUUCAACAUGGAUUAAUUGUAUGGAAACUACAAAUAACUGCAGGCUGUGUAAAAUUGAACAAUGUAUGAAUAUACCUCUUUUUCUAGGUAUUGUUCAAACUGAAUUACAAAUGCAAAAGCUGAUGGAGCAGGAUGAUGACAAUGCAAGAUAUGGCUAUUUGGAACUAUAG